CUUCGCAUGAUUUUACGCGGGAACCGAUAUUCGCGAUCGGCCCGUGCACUGGCUCGUGCAACUGUGCCUUCUCGCUAUUUUUUUCGCGUUGCAUGUUCGACGGGCAGCCGUACCUCUCGCUUUCCGACCAAAGUACCCUAGGGCUGCAGUCAGGGACUCGAGGAAUACACGAAAGGGCGUCCAGUCAUGGAACCCAGGUCAGCACGUUCGUGUAAGAAGAGCCUGGUCACGCCGAGGACAUUGAUUCCUCGACGAAGCUCUUCGGUCGAUGCGCGCUGCUCUGCGGGUGGGAUGACGGGUCGUAGCAGCCGUUCUACCUGGACCCCCGCUAUGUCCGGUGGACCAAACAGACGCUCUUCAAGCAUGUCUCAAAUGGACCGGUUGAGCCAAGGUGCACCAAGAGGAGCGAAUCUCAAAGACCAGAGGCCGUUCAAUGACAAGGCUUACGUUGCCCAAUGUGUGGAUAAGCUGUAUGAAUUUCUGAAGGAGAAGGCGUAUCCCAACUACACCACCCCCCAAGCCUUGAGCCGAAUGUCUGCAAAGGAAUUUGAAAACGUUAUGACAUUCCUGAUACAGUUCUUCGAGCCCACCUUCAAGCUGGGUGGCGGGGUGCGAAUGGAAGAUGCGGUGCUUGAACAGCUGCGCCGGCUGGGCUAUCCCUACCCACUGCACAAGAGCAUGCUCAUGGGAAUCGGUUCCCAGCCACACAAGGCCCUGGCCAUCAUCACUUGGGUGGCGGAUUACGCCAAGUACUUCGAUUCUGUAAAUCCGUUGGAGGACUUCUUCACCGGAGAAGACACACCAAUUGGAACUCCUGGGCCCCAGCAGGUCGAAGGGAACAGCACCUCGGGUUUGCUGCUGAAACACUGCCUGCAAAGAGGGCAUGACGACACCAGCUUCGACGAAGACGCUUUCCUCGACAGCUUGGUUCUUGAAGCUGUUGGCCCCGUACAACCUGUUGAGGAGAUUGAGGAGGAGCUGGCACAUCAACACCAAGAGGUGCAAAGACUGACAGCUCUUGUGGAAGAGAAGGAGGCGCGCAAGAAGGAGCUGCAGGUAGACAAACUAAAGAUCCAGAACUUCGAGAAAUACUUUAAAGACAUGGCUGCACACUUCGAAAAUAAGAGGAUGGAAGUGCAAAACAACGAAGAAGAGCUUGCUGCCCUUGGUGCCGAGCGAGCAAAGUUGGAGGAGCAGCUGGCCAACGUGCAAGCAACGUUGCGAGAGCAACACGCGCGCCACGAGGAUGUGCCCGCAAUGAAGCAGCGACAGCAUCGACUCCAGCAGGACAUCACAGCUGCACGCUCACAACUCGAGGCACUUCGACAACAGCAUGAACUCUCUAGUCUGAAGUUCUACAACACGGACGAAAAGCUUCGCUCCGAGCACGCCAAACUACAGGCGAGCUUCAGGUCCUCCACCACCUGCCUGCGCCGCGUGCUUCCAAGAAACGCGCUUGACGACUUCGACAUGCGACCCGUGGAGGACGCCCGGUCUCUGCAAAGGCACGUUGCCUCCAACACUGCGGCUGCCGCUAAAGUAACCGACAUGCUUGACCGUAUGGAGAAGGAACUGCAAGGCUGCAUACUGCAAAAUCACGAUCUGUGCGAGCAGUAUACAUUCAAAGUGGAGGACCUGGAGAGAGAGCUGCAGUUGAAGCAAGAGCUCAUUGCCAAGCGCAAGUCAUACUGGGCAGAGCAAACAGCCGACACUCGCAAGAAUGCUCAUGAUCUGGACAAAGAGUAUGCCGAUAUCUGCAAGGCAACCUCUGACCUUCAGCAGCUACAAAUCCACGAUCCAGACAUUAAGGCCGCUCAGGAGGCUGAAAAACGCCUGGCGAACCUCCAGAAGCAACUAGCCGACACUAUCGCUCGGCAGAACGAAACCAUUGCAGCCAGCGAUGCUGCCUUACAACAAUGCACGGAUGCUGCAACUGCCACUUACAAAGAGAUGAUGGACACCAUCAGGGACACACAUGACAGCAUCGUAGAUGCCAUUGAAGAAAACUUCCAAUUAAGAAAGCAAUGAGAUUUUGUUAUACUGUGAUGAGUGUUGUAUACUGUACAUUUGUGUAAUAUAAGACCUCUUGAGAUAUGAGUGUCUGCUUUUGCAUAGUCCAUCAAUGCCACUAGCCAAAAGCUGCGCUUGCCCUAAUAAUGUAUAUAUACCAAUUACGUAUCACCAAGGGCUAGUCUGUGCUGACGUUCCUGUUACUUUGCUGUUAACAUAUCACCUUCGUCUGCACAUCCAAAAUGCCUACUGCAUACUAGGUACUCGCACAUUUUCAUUUUAUCCUGUGCAUUUGUUCCUGCCUUCUGCAAAAUGUUGUUUGUUACUGAAUGUGUUUGUGAAGUACUGAGUUUGUGCUUUAUUUUUAUACUCUUACGACCACACUGCGUGCAAAUCCUCAAAGAUGGAAGUUGUAGAAGCCUUUUUUUCAUCUCUUUGUAACACCAGACAAUUUGUGUAGCAGAACUAUAAUUUGUAAUUAUUAUGUUUUAUUGAAAUAGAAUUCCAUGUUGUAUUUCAUUAAAGGGGCCCUGCAACACUUUUUGAGCAUGGUCAGAAAACGCUACCAAUUGGUAAUUGAGCUUCCUGAGAACAUGAGAGCCAAAUAUUAUAGCACAGCACAAAGCCUGGAAAUAAAACAAAUUCUCAGAGUCAGCUGUAAAACCUGCUUUCUCUUCUCUCGACAAACAGAUGCUGCAUACUCAUAAAUAUAGCAUCACAGGCCCAAGUGUCACACCAUUGACUCAUUUUAGCUUGGUGCAUUUGGGAGUAACAGGGGCAGCAGCGGGAGGCCGUGACCUGUCCCCGUGUACAAUUGCACUGAAAAGCAGUGUGCUUGAAGAAAAAGAAAAGUGCUCAAGGUCACCAGGAGCAUGUGACGUAUCUUCUUCCCCCGUACCAUCCCUCCAUACUUAGCUUCUACUGCAUUAGACAGCAUGAGAGAAGAGAGAAAGCAAUUGCAGCGUGCGACAAAUCUUUGCCACUCCGCUAGUGCUGGACAGACUCUAAAAUUGUUUGUGGCGGUAAAUUCGUGAGCAAAUAAGCCCCUUCACUGAAUUCAUUGUAUGGCUACUUCUGAACGUGUUGCAUGGUGCCUUUAAGGCAUGUUGCCACCCUUUAAAAUGACCUUUCUUUAUAAAGUUAAUUUUUAUUCUAUUUUACCAUGUACAGACAUUGAAAAUUGUGGAGCGGAGAAAAAAAGAAAAAACUGAGUCUCUGCACAGCUCCAUUUAUAAGUAAUGGUCUCUCUCACAACUGCGCUCAAUGAAAAAAGAAAAUGUUCAAGAACAUUAACCUUUUCUUCUCAGAAGUUGUUCAUGUGUGGACACCGUUAACUUUUAAAUAAACCAGUAUCUCUAGUGGGUUUCCAUGCUUUCUUUUUCAACCAUGGAAUAAAGAAUGACAACUGUAAAGCAUGAGCGAGUAAAACAUGAGCGAGCACAUGGCCUGGAAUUCACAAUCAAUUAUCAAGGUCAGCUAAAAAUUGCUUUCUCUCAAGAAAUGAUAGAAGCUCGAAAAUCGCACGUAGAAGUCCAUCUAUCGGCCAUUGACUGAUUUGAAAAUGGCGCGCUCUGUCGUUCAAACUUGUCCACGCGUGUGUGCACAAUCACACGGAAAAAUAUGCGUAUUCAAAGGGGAAAAAGUGCUCAAGGUCACAAGGUGCGCAUGAUGUAUAUUCUUUGCUCCUGCCAUCCCUCCUUGUUUAGCCUCCAGUGCUUUCACCGGGACAAGAGAAGAGAGAACGCGAUUGCAGUGAACGACAAUUCUUUGUAACACUGCUCGUACUGGACGGAUUCUUAAAAAUUUUUGUAACAUUGAAUUCAUGAGACAAUAAGGUCUUUUAGUGACUUCAUUCCUUCCUUACUUGAAGUGUUUCAGGGCCCCUUUAGGUACCCUUUUCUGGUACUAUAGCAGGCAUGUGCUUUGGCUCCAUAGCUUCCACAGUACCAUCAGGACAAGUUGUUGCUGAAUAUAAGCAAGACGAGUGCUUGCUUCAAAUUCAAGUUUAUUUGUUUGCUUGUUUUCGUGCACAAGUUUCACCGUAGCUUACGCCUUUUUGUCUACAAUAAAACCAGGCCGGUUUC